UCUAUCAUUUGCAUCCUUGUUAGAAUAGCAUUAUUCUUUCAUAACUGAUCUCUAAAUGUCUUGAUCUUGGCUGGCUGCCUAGAUCUUGGAGCUUUUUAUACCAACUCUUAUAAUUUUGUUCAAGCAUUGUACGCUUUUAAAACCUAAAUAUAAUCUCAAACCUCAGGAUAAUUGACCAUCAGGAGUUUAUUGAGCAUUGAGACAUCUUGUUUAUUGAGCAUUGAGACAUGGAGUACAUUAGUCCGGAGGGUCUGCGUGUAGAUGGGCGUCGUCCAUUAGAAAUGCGCCAACUGCAUGCACAAGUUGGAGUUGUUGACAAAGCAGAUGGGUCUGCUAUUUUUGAAAUGGGGAAUACUAAAGUCAUUGCAGUGGUAUAUGGGCCUCGUGAGGUCCAAAACAAAAGUCAGCAGCUUCAUGAUCAGGCUUUGGUUCGCUGUGAAUACAGUAUGGCAAAUUUUAGUACAGGAGAUCGUGUGAGACGUCCAAAAGGUGAUAGACGAUCAACCGAAAUUUCUCUAGUCAUUCGACAAACAAUGGCGGCAGCUAUAUUGACACGUCUAAUGCCACGAUCUCAGAUAGACAUAUUUGUUCAAGUUCUUCAAGCAGAUGGAGCAACUUUAGCACUUGCUGAUGCUGGCAUUCCCAUGUGUGAUUUGAUCACUUCCUGUGCUGCUGGGUACCUUAAUAGUACACCUUUGCUAGACAUGAACUAUGUCGAAGAUAGUGCUGGGGGUCCUGAUGUUACAGUGGGACUCAUGGCGAAAAUGGAAAAAGUGACACUUCUUCAGAUGGAUGCAAAGCUUCCACUGGACAUAUUUGAAAGUGUAAUGCAACUAGCAAUUGAAGGUUGCAAAGCAAUAGUUCGUUACAUCCAAGAGGUACUGCUGGAGAAUACAAAACAGCUAGAAUAUCAAAAAGUACUCAGGACAUAAACAUAUAUUUUUGAUAAAAUUCCAUUAGAUUUUUGUGUGUCUAAGUAUUGCUGAUAUGUAAGCGUAGGGCUUAUGCAUUUGACCAUGAGAAAUAGGUGCUGUUCUCCUUGUAGUAGAAUAUACCAUCACUUUUUUGAGGCUCCUGUAAAUUUCUAGUCAACUUGCUUUGACAAUCAGCAUGUAAUCGUCUUUAUGGCUUGCAAAAACUUUCAAAGGCUGCUUGUCUUGAAGUUUGGUAAAGAACUUCAGAAAAAGUGAUAUAUGCUGCUGGAUGAGAGAAAUGAAAUAUACGAAGUGAUGUAUGUUGGUGAUGAGGAAAAUUAAACAUAUGUAUCUUUUUAUUUUUCAGUAAAUUUGGAGCUUAGUCCA